AUUUUUCUGCUAGUGCGUGAAUAGCUGAGAGAACGUUGGACUCUGCCUGUCUGAGAGGUCGUCCGCGCGCGCCAUGUCGGCGCUCUCUAGAGCAGCAGCGGCAGCAGCACCACCGAGGAGGCUAUCGCGCGCCUCUCCGCACGCAUGGCAAAGAGGGUUCGCAUCGCGCUCGUUGCCAUCGCUUCUUGCGCCAUCGGACGACGGUCCCCUUUUAGGGCCCGGUGGCCGGCGGCGGCCGCCGCCGUUCUGCCGCACCCCUCGAGCCCCCGACCGCCCAUGGCCAGAGGUGCGCCGCUCCGUUUCAUCUGCAUCCCCCCCGCCUGUUUCUUCGGAGAGAAGAGGGGGAACAACGACGACGACCACGGCGGCGGUGGCACGGGCCAUGUCGUCGUACGAGUGGAAGAACAUGAGCGCGCAGGCCCAGAAGGCCAACAAGGAAUUCGGUGAGCUGUCCAGGGAGGAGAUUCGCAAGGCCGGAGAGGAAGAAGUCGACAAGGUCGAGAAGGCCCUCAAGGCCAUGGAGCCUUUCAACGAUGUCUUUGAGGUGCGACGGGAGGGGCUGGAAGUUUUUGCGGAGCUUGGGCCAGAGGUCGGCACGUACUGGAUCAAGUUCGACCUCAGCAUUUAUCAGAUUUGCCUCAUGUCGCCGAGGUCGGGGCCGCACCGGUACAUCUUCGACAAGGGGUCAGGACGGUGGAUAGGAGAGGCGGACAAGCAUGACUUUCAAGGGAUGCUGACACGCGAUAUAAUUCAGUCCGCGUGUGGCAUUCCCGACUUCUGA